UCCUUGGAAGGUCCCUACCUUAAAACACAGAUAUAACAAACAUAUUUGCUAUCUUUGCUAAAACUCUAACCUUAAACCCAAAUCCUUACCUCAUUUUCAAAUUCAAUGGUGUUGGGACGUCCCAACCAGCCUAAAUAGUACCUUCCUUACCCAAGUUGCCAUGGUGACGACGUGUGUUUGAGGAAGGGGACACGGACUUGCAGCAAGAGCAUCAGGCUACAGCACAAACAACAACGUCCAGAUAUUACGAUUGUUCAUCAAAAUAAUACUAGCUAGCUAACCUAAAGCUCAGGAUGGAUGACUCUCCUGAGGUUUUAAACUUCUCAGCGCUGGAGCGGGAGUUGCAGUCUGCUGUAGAAGCAGACAAGAAAUAUCAAAGAGAAAAUGAUGCAAAGUUCCGUGCUCUACACCAGAAGGUCGGAACGUAUGAGGAGUUUAGGGACAUAGUCCUGGCAUCCAACCUGAAACCACUGGACAGGAAGGAUAAAGCUGGAGCUCCUCGCAAACAGCCAUGGAAUGCUCUCGCCUCCACUGACAAAGGGCAGAACCAGACUAGCUGUGAUGAAAUAGGCCUAAAGCCUCAGUUGUCCGAGUUCCAGCCCAGGACAGCAUCAGAGUUCAGCCGGGACUGGCGCAGGUUCGGCAGUGAAAACCCAGAGGAUAAAUACAGCCUCCUGCUCUCCCUAGGUGGAGAGGGCCUUCGGAACAUCUUCAGGGCUGAGGUGGGGUUCGGACUACUGGGGGAAUUUCUUGUGUUCCUUUCCAGUGGUCUCCAGCCUGGGGAUGAGGCCAUGGUGAUAGGGAUCCUGGAGGGGCUGUCCAAGACCCCCAGGUUUGGACUCAAUAUGUGCCUCCUGAGCCGGGCUGAGAGAGAGGCAUGUGGAGAUCUGUUUCAGAACCUGAGGAAAGCAUCAGCAGCGGGGAAUAGCAGUGUCAAAGGAUCCAAAGGGGAUGUCAUUGUCCAUGGAAGUAAUGUGGAAGAGAUUAAAGAGACACAAGAUGCUGAGCCAGAGACUCUGUUUCCAGGACAGACCAGCGAGGCUGCCGGAAGAAGCAUUGAUACUGAAACUUUAAAUGGUAUAAUGCAGUUGUAUGGGGUUCAAACAGUCUCUCCUCCUCAGUAAGAAACAUUACACAAAC